AUGUCAUCUCAAAAGGUCAAUCCGGAAGAUUACCAAAAGGUAUUUCACUGGGCCGAAACUCAGCAAGAUGGAGCAGUCCCAUCUUUUGCGUUGAGGAAGAAUGACCCGUACAAGUAUCAAGCUGGAUUUGGAAACCAUUUCGAGUCAGAAGCCAUUCCAGGGACCAUACCACAAGGACAGAACAGCCCAAGAUGUGUUCGUUUUGGUCUUUAUGCCGAACAGAUGACAGCGUCCGCUUUUGUAGCUCCCCGAGCUUCAAAUAAGAGAUCAUGGCUAUACCGAGUGCGUCCAGCCGUAGCACAUGAGGGAUUCACCGACUUGCCAGACAACCCAGAUAUGGAAGCAAACUUUCUGCCAAUGAAUCCGAAAGUUCACAUUUCUCCAACUCAGCUCGCCUGGCAUCCAUUUGAUAUUCCAGCGAGUGGCAAUUUUGAUUUUAUUUCCGGACUCAAAACAGUUGCAGGAUCCGGAGAACCAACCCUUCGUGAGGGAAUCGCGACACAUGUCUAUACAGCCAACACCAAUAUGUCCCAAAAAGCGUUUGUAAACUCAGAUGGCGAAUUUCUUAUUGUGCCCCAGCAAGGUGCUCUAGAUAUUCAAACAGAAUUUGGACCUCUUUAUGUACAGCCUGGGGAAAUAUGUGUAAUUCAAAGAGGUCAGCGAUUCCGAGUUGAGUUGCCAGAUGGUCCAUCUCGGGGUUACAUACUAGAAGUUUGGGGAAGCAAUUUCACAUUGCCAGAAUUGGGUCCUCUUGGAUCCAACGGAUUAGCCAAUUCCCGGGACUUCCUUUCCCCCAAAGCAAAAUACGAGGUGAAGAAGGAACCGUGGGAGAUAGUUUAUAAACUCGCCGGGAAAUUCUUCAAAAGCACACAACAGCACUCUCCAUUUGAUGUUGUAGCAUGGCAUGGGAACUACGUCCCCUACAAAUACGACCUCACAAAAUUCGUCAACGUAGGAUCCAUCUCCGUCGACCACAUCGACCCCUCCAUCUUCUGCGUCCUCACCGCCCCAUCGUACACCCCCGGCUCCCCCCUCGCCGACUUUCUCAUCUUCUCUCCCCGCUGGGACGUCGCCUCACAUACGUACCGGCCCCCCUACUACCACCGCAACGUCGCCUCGGAACUCAUGGGUCUCAUCUACGGCUCCUACGGCGGCCGCUCUGAUGGGUUCGUCCCUGGUUCCGUAUCCUUCGAAUGCGGCAACGUGCCCCAUGGCGUCGCGUACGAACAGUUCAAGAUGGCGUCUGCGAACCCGCCACCGGAGAUGCGGAUUAGUGAGGGUGCGAUCGCGUUUAUGUUUGAGAGUAAUCGCAUGUUUAGUGUGAGUGAGUAUGCGUGGACGAGUGAGAAGAGACAUGAACAUGAGGUUAGUAUGUGGGAUAAUUUGGUGGACAAUUUUUCGGGGCAUGCGGAGGAGAUUAAAGGGAUUUUGGAGGGGGUGGGGAGGUUGGGUUUUGGGGAUGGGGUCGAGGGAGGGAGUGCUUGA